CAAUGCGCUCUGCCUGUGCCUCUCCAGCAGCAGCAGUGGAAGAGCGAGCGACGUGCGUAACAUGCAGUGGAGAACGGUGAUCAUCAUCUGCUGUGCGCCGCAUCGUGGACCUCCGUGCGCCUGCAAAAGAGGACAAGACACGAGCCAAAAGACGUCAGAAUAAAAAGAAGAAGCGAUGACGAGCUUCGAGCCGGUGAUUGGGGGUUAAUCGCCCCGCUGCUUUUGGAACCACUUUGACGCACUGAGGACUGACUGAAGCGCGCGUAUCUGCUCCUCUACCCCGUUACCCGCUUUCAGUUCGGACUAUCAAGUUGGAUUUCCAAAACAAGGAUAAGCAGCGAUUUCAGUGUCAGUAUGAGUCAGUUUGUGUGCGUGAGCUGAGUCGGAGAGUGUUCCUCGCCGCUGCCGCACGCCUGCCUCUGUCCGCUGUACAAAGCUCCUAUACGCCAAGAUGCAGCUGCUCCGAGUUGCGUGGGCACUGACCGGAGCAGCGAUCUGCUGCUUCCUCAUUCUUCUCCUCCACUCUCGCCUCCUCAAAGAAGGCCAGCUGGCAGCGGGCACAUGUGAGAUAGUGACACUGGACCGGGACAGCAGCCAGCCCCGGAGGACCAUCGCCAGGCAGACCGCCCGCUGCGCCUGCAAGAAGGGCCAGAUCGCAGGGACCACGAGAGCCAGACCAGCCUGCGUGGACGCCAGCAUCGUUCGGAAGAGGCAGUGGUGUGAGAUGGUGCCGUGUUUGGAGGACGAGGGUUGUGACCUGUUAGUCAAUAAAUCUGGCUGGACUUGUACACAGCCCGGAGGAAGAGUCAAAACCACCACGGCACUAUGACGAGACAAGAGUCCCCCAGGACACUCUUGCACUAUGGACAGCACUGAUGACCCUUUGACAGACAGCCACAAACCUACCACUAGCACCAACCACCAGCACCCACACCCCCACCUGCUUCACCACUGCUCCACCCCAUCCCUGGCACCGCAGGCAGCUCGCAACAACUGCACCAAGGCAAGGUGUCAUAACCAGAGCUGGCGGUGCGAUCUCCAGGGAGUGACUGUUGUUUGAGGGAGCUACCUCCGCCUCUCCUCCACCGGACACUGGACAAACUGUUCCACUUCCACCUGCACCUCGACCCCAUCCUGACCGCUCCAUCUCGCUGUCUGUCGGGGGGUCACCACGCGGCCCCUGCUCCGUUUGUGAACAGAGGACAACCUUUACAUGCCCAACAAAAAACGCCUCACCAAGACAUGUGGUUUCGGACAAAAAGGGAUUCCUAUGAAAUACCUGGAUUGUAUUGAUUGUGGGACCACCUUUUUGAGGCGGGCGCUCUUUGCUGUGAAUAGGCCUUCUGCUGGAGUAAAACCUCCCAUAUUUUUAUAGACCAAAGAGAAAAAUGAACUGAAAUCACCAUCUGACAUAAAACCAUGCAGACAUUUUGGAUAAGACGUUGUGAGAUGCCAGCAGAACUUUAAAAGAAACAUCUUGUUGGAUACUCUUAUGAACCAAUCAAACUGGAGUACUUUUAAACUUUACAGACUUUUUUGUCAGACUAAGCCCACCACUGUAUUUUGAAGACUGAAGAUAUAGAUACUACAUACGUAUAACUGUGUAUCAAAAAAGUUGCAUUUUUAUCAGUAGCGGAGGUGUUUGCGAUGGCUCGUUGGCAGAAAGAAAUCAUAUCAAAGAAUUAUCUUCAGAGAAAGUUUAAAAAUUCUGUUGAGUAGAAAGAGUAAAGAAAUGUCAUUAAAUGUAUUUUGGAAGGCCCUAAAAAGUUAUAUAUUUAACAAUUUUAUAUGUUGUACCUUUGUAGAGAAGCUUAUUGGACUUACAAUGUGAUCACAAUGGCAGUUUUAAGUAGUAGGACGUGAACAAAAGCUGUUGUUCUCACUGAAUCGUAUAGUCCCAACUUUAUUUUUGUUCACAUCUCUGUAGCUGCUUUGAUUUCAUAUUCAUUCAAGUCACUGUCUAUCAAAUCCAUUACUGAAAAAAGGAAAUUUAUUGAGGACUGGUAUGCAGCCAACUGAACAUUGUAAAUCUAUGGUAGUCAGUGGAAGCCAUUGAAAACUGCUAAUUUGCUAUGAUAUUGUAUUGUACACGGUGUGGAAUACUGACUCAUUCUCUCUCUAUGGGUUUUGAUCUCUUUAAUUUAUUAUUUUUGUGCUUUUGGUGUUGGUUUGCACAAAUGCGGACAGGCAAAUCUACCAAGGAUGCAGAGAUUAGAGACGGGAAGUCGACAGAUGCAGAAUACAUUGCUUAAAUAUCAGAGACAUUUACAUUUUUAUCAUGGAAUAUUUUAAGAAUAAAUUAAAUACAUGAAAAAAUACCCUUUGAAAACUCAGAUGGUCUUAGUUUUCAAAUGUUUUGAGAGAUUUUAAUUCAGAAAAGACAACUAUGAGAAUAUAAACUGCAGUAUCUGUCAAAGUUUUAACAAAAAUAUGUUUUUUCCAAUAUAUGUGGCACGACAUCUAAGCAAUGCAAUGGAUGAAUGAAUGAUCAGAGUUAUUUAUUUCUAUCAUGACACAUUUUAGAAUUAAUUAACAAUAAA